AUGGAGAUGCUCGUAAACAACGGCCUCAAUGUGAGAUCGCUGUCAGAGAUUGCGACAAAGAUCGUGAAUCUGCAAUUCAACUGCGUGCGCCUGCCAUACAGCCUGGACUCUUUGAAUCUUACCGCUGCCUCGAUACCUAAUCCUGCUUCUCAGCUUUGCCACAAUCCAGAGCUCCAAGCAUCAACUCCGCUUGAGAUUUUUGACUCAACUGUGCAAGCUCUAACGGAUGCUGGCUUGCUCGUAGUGCUCAACAAUCACGUCUCGCAACGUGGUUGGUGCUGUGCAGCGUCAGACGGUGAAGGCCUCUGGUACACAGAGGAGUUCCCCGAGUCUGUUUGGUUGCAGCAUCUCGGAUUCUUGGCUGCUCGUUACAGGGAUAAUCCCAAAGUGAUUGGCUUCGACAUCCGGAACGAGAUCAGAUCCACCGAGUUUGACACCCCAACAUGGGGUGAAGGAACUACGGACUGGGCACUGGCAGCUUCAAAGGGGAGCAGGCAAGUCCUGGAUGCAAACCCAGACAUGCUGCUCUUCAUCUCGGGCUUGGAGUACAGCAUGUUCCUUUGUGGCGUGCCUCAACAUCCGCUUCACCUGGAGCAGGGCUUGGAGGGCCACAUCAUCUACACCACCCAUGAGUACGAGUGGUACACGAACUCGCCAGUUACGGCCCUUCCCGGAGACGAGGACAAGCAGACUAGUCCCACAUCUCCAGAGCACGUUGUUGGGGCAGAGGAUGGCGUUGAGCUCUCGGAGCUGAACAAAGUUGUGGAAGGCGAUGGUCCACGCAACAUGAAUGCUGUUGCAGAUCAAGGCAAGGACCAUCCCCAACCUGGGCUCAAUCGGCAGCUAGUAGCCGUCAUCGUUCUUGCUAUGCUGCUCAUGAUUUGUGCAAAUGCAGCGGCUUUCGUGUACCUGAGCUCCUACGAGGCAUGGCAGCAGACUGUUGAUGAUCGAUGGGGCUUCCUUUUACACGAAGAGUCAGAUGCGGAAGGUGCAGACGUGGCUGCUGUUUGGUUGGGGGAGUUUGGGACCGCCACAGACACCACCUGGUGGAAACACAUGCUGCGAUACCUUAGCUCGCGGCCUGUGGUUGGCUGGGCAUACUGGCCACUCAAUGAGACGGCACAUGACAAUGUGAAGGCAUCCCUGGAAGCUGGCAGAUCUUCAGACGCUGACUGCAACACGACAGAACCACCGCGGGUCCUUCAGCAAGAUUGCAGUUUCACCAUCAAAGCCUUGCCGCACCUUGACACGGUGGCCUCUGGAUUCAUCAAACGAGCAGCCGAUAUGUAUUCCUGGCUUUUCGAUAAGAAGAACAUCAUGAAUCCAGAAGUGUUAGAUGUGCUAGUGUCUGAAGUGAGAAGCUGGGAAGAGAUUGAUAAGAACUUAUCGCAUGGCGCCAUGGACAUCCUGGAGGAUCCUUGGCAGUGCAUCAAUUUGACGAAUGCUCAUCUGAACGGUAUGGCAGCCACUGCUUUUACUGGUGACCGGGUUGGCGCAAGAGAAGUGAUUCACCGACUGCCAGCUGAAGGGAACUCUACGGCCACCCAGAAUGGGUACCAGCAGUACAUUGGUCUCCAGGAGUGGGAAAACAUCAAAGCCAGCGUGGCUAAUGAGGUUAUACCUACACGGAAGUUCCAUAUGAGCGACUACAAGUUGACGGAGGCAGCGGAAAAACCGCGCUCCGUCGAACGUCCCCGUGGCCUGGAGGUUUCAGCGGCGGCAGCACCAGCCUCUGGUGAGUUGCAGCUGAACAGUCUGUCAGGGAAGCGAUCACCUAGGGAUGCCUCGCCGAAAGUCGACGCCCUACAGCUUUGGCUCGAGGCCAAGGAGCAGGCGCUGCAGUGUCCUUCAAUGCCUAUUGCCAUUCCAAACCAUUCGCCGCGGCAGCGGCCAACAAGAGCAGUGGCCAAACUAAUUUGUGCAAGUCCAGCUCUGCAGGGAGGACCUGAAGAGUCCUUGGCUGUGCAGGUCAACACCGUGAAUCCAACGAACCUGACUCCCAGGAGGCGAGAUGGUCCUAGCAGAGCACCACAAAUCCGGGACAAGGAGAGAGAGAAGUAUCCAUCAGGCAAGAUCAUGCGGCCCGUACGCAAGGCCAAUGCUGAUAGCUGGCAGAAGUUGACGGAGGUUCUGGAAAGCCCAGGGAGGAUCGAUGCGAAAGAGUCGCAUCCUUCAAGAUCGUUCAACGUGGUUCCGAAGACGAACCUGAGGGUAGUCUAG